UACUUGUCAUCGGCGUUCGAGAAAGUUCAAUUUUAAAUGCAAUUCUUACAGUGAUUAAUUUACUAGUUACGCUUCUGGUGAUUGUUGUUGGUCUUACUAAAGUCGAUAUACACAACUGGAAUAUUAAACCGAAUGAAAUUCAUCCUAUUAAUAAUGGAACAAUAAUAUCAGUUAACGUUGGAAAAGGUGGCUUUUUCCCAUAUGGUAUUAGUGGAAUGCUAAGUGGUGCAGCAACAUGUUUCUAUGCAUUUAUUGGCUUCGAUAUUUUGGCGACCACAGGUUAUUUUUCUUUACUUUUAUCUAAUCGUGUCUGUUAUUAUCACCUCUUCGUUUACUGUACUACAUCGAUCGUGAUUACACUCAUGGUUCCAUAUUUCUUACUUGAUAAAAAUACUGCAUUGACACAAGCAUUUUUGUAUGCUGGUUACCCGGCAUUUUCAAAAGUUAUUAGUGUUGGUGCACUGGUGUCAUUGUUUGGGAAUCUAUUAGUAGGAAUGAUAGCCUUACCACGUCUUAUCUAUUCGAUAGCAUGCGAUGGACUUAUAUUCCGAUCGAUUUCAUACAUACAACCGAAAUUGCAAACCCCAAUCGUCGCUACUAUUAUCGGUGGUUUGUUAACAGGUCUAGUUGCAUCCAUAUUUGAUUUAUCAACAUUAAUUGAAAUGACGACAAUUGGAACUCUGAUGGCAUACACUCUCGUUUCAAUAACCGUCUUAUUUCUACGGUAUAAAUCUUCACACACAAUCGAUGAACUCACAAUACGAAUGAAUAUUGUACGGGAACUAUUUCUACCAUUACAAUCCUAUCCAACAGUUCGAUCACAAAGAAUUAUGCAAUAUUCAUUAGUUGUCUUUGGUAUUAUUCAAGCGUUUGUCUAA